AUGCCACGUAAGCUACGUAAGAAUAUACGUAAGAGGAAGAGAGCAUUGAAACAUCCAAUAGUAAAACUGACACCACAACAACAGUUGCAACAACAAAUGCUGAAUGACCCCACUAUGUUGCAACAAAUGUCAAGCAAUCCUAUGCUUUUAAACCGAGUUAUUGGUGCACAGAGUGGAGGUUUAAGAGCGGCACUUUUAGCGAAAAUGGCAGGCUAUGGUGGAGCUGCAGACGGAACAGCUUAUAACCCUCAAAGUCAAAUGAAUUUGAGUUCACUCAAAAAUCAAAUAACAGAUGUCAAAAAGUCAAACAUAGACAUACAGAAACAAAUAAGUGAAAACGAAAAGAAACUAGAAUAUGACAGACACACAAAGAAACUCAAUGAGUUAAACGUAGAGAAAAAGAAGAAAGAAGAACAACUGAAAGAACUAAGUACAGAGGAAUAUGCGAAAAAAGUGUCAGAAAAAGCAGCAGAAGUAGCAAAAAUGGAACAAGAUGUUGUAAAUUUGAAAAACCAUACUACUCAAUAUAAAGUACUGAAAGAUGAAGAGAUAAAACAAAAAGCCCUGAAGACAUAUAUGGAUAGCGAUGAGUAUAAAAAAGAAGUUGAAGCAAAUGUAAAGGCAGAAAAACUUUUACA